CUGGGACAGUCGGGGGAGAGAAGACGCGCGCGGUGCGCUCAGUGAGUGGAUACGGGGCGCGCGGAGCUGCACGAGAGGAUUUCUAAUAGCAGCAGCAGCACCGUCACUGUCAUCAUCAGCAGCAGCAUCAGCAGCAGAAGUUGGGCUUCUCUGAUUAACUUGCAUCCCACUGGACCGUAUAGCGAUGGUGGCGCGCGCAGUUCGUGCGUGUUCCCGCGCGCUUUCGUGCGCGCUCGCGGUUCUGUGCGGGAUGAUAGCUGCGUUUAACCUGGACCUGGAGAAACCGCAGGAGUACAGCGGACCUGAGGGAAGCUAUUUCGGCUACUCUGUGGAUUUUUACCACCCAACACAGGACAGGAGCGCGUUGGCAGUGUUGGUCGGUGCGCCCAAAGCUAACACCUCCCAGCCAAGCAUAGUAGAAGGGGGGGCCGUCUACUACUGCCCCUGGCCAUCGUCCGAGCCGGACUCUUGCCGCCAGAUCCCCUUUGAUAAAGCAAAUAACCGUAUGAUAAAGAUGAACGGGACGCGGGAGCCUUUGGAGUUUAAGUCCCAUCAGUGGUUUGGAGCCACGGUUCGAACACACAGGGGAAAAGUAGUGGCGUGUGCUCCUCUCUAUCACUGGAGGACAGUGAAGAUGAGCAGUGAGAUGGAUCCGGUGGGAACCUGCUACAUAGCUGUACAGAACUUCAGUGCAUAUGCAGAAUAUUCACCCUGCAGAACAAAUAAUCCAGACCCUGAGGGACAGGGCUUCUGUCAGGCCGGCUUCAGCGUGGACUUUACCAAGGAUGGGACGUUAGUAUUAGGAGGACCAGGGAGCUUUUACUGGCAAGGUCAGGUGAUCACUGCAGGAGUAGCUGAGAUUUUGAAUGGAUAUUCUCUGAAGGCUAUUCUCCGAAAAGUGCAGGGAGAAAAACAGACCGGCGCCGCCUCAGACGCCUACGAUGACAGCUACCUGGGAUACUCUGUAGCGGUCGGGGAAUUCACUGGUGAUUCACAGCAAGAGCUGGUGGCGGGGGUACCCAGAGGAGCGCAGAACUUUGGUUAUGUCGCUGUGAUCAACUCGACAAAUCUGACAUUCAUUCAGAAUUUCACUGGAGAACAGAUGGCUUCAUAUUUUGGAUACACUGUGGCGGUGACUGACCUCAACGGAGACGGGUUAGAUGAUGUUCUGGUGGGAGCUCCUCUGUACAUGGACCGGGAGUUUGAGAGUAAGCCGCGGGAGGUGGGCCGGGUUUAUCUGUACCUGCAGGAGGACGCCCUCCUCUUUUCUCCUGCCAUCAAGCUGACCGGUACACAUGUGUUUGGACGCUAUGGCAGUGCCAUCGCUCCUCUUGGAGACAUCAAUCAGGAUGGCUAUCUGGAUGUGGCAGUGGGGGCUCCGUUUGCGGGUGAUGACCGCGGGGGUCGGGUGUUUAUCUAUAAUGGUCAGCACUCUGGUCUGCGGAUGGAGGCGUCUCAGGUGCUGAGAGGAGCCUGGGCCUCGUCUGGCAUCCCGGCGGGAUUCGGGUUCACCCUGCGCGGAGACUCCGACCUGGACAACAACCAGUACCCCGAUUUGAUUGUUGGGGCCUUCGGUGCUGGAAAAGUGGUGGUAUACAGGGCGAGGCCAGUGGUCACCGUGGACGCUCAGCUGCUCCUGACUCCCAGAAUCCUCAACCCAGAGGACAAGACCUGCCACUUGCCCAACUCUGACACCAUGGUUCCCUGUCUGAGAGUGGAUGUCUGUGCUAAGGUCUCUGGCAUUGGGAUCCCUGAUAAUGUUGCUGUGAAUAUGGAGCUGCAGUUGGAUUGGUUGAAGCAGCGAGGAGCCGUGAAGAGAGUGCUUUUUCUUGACUCGCACCAACAUCACAGAACUCUGCAGCUGCUGCUGGGCCAACGGGACCACCGCCGCUGCCUCAACCACACCAUCUACCUGCGGGAUGAGGGCGAAUUCAGAGAUAAGCUGAGUCCCAUCAGCGUGGCUCUAAACUACAGCCUGGAUCAGAGGGCCCCUCUGCAGGGUCAGCAGCUACGCCCCAUACUGGACCACUACAGCAAGAGUUUCCACCAUGAGCAGGCAAACAUCCUGUUGGACUGCGGAGACGACAACAUGUGCAUCCCAGAUUUAAAGCUGUCUGCUAAAAUGGAUCAUACUGAGCUAGCCAUCGGCGACGACAACCCACUGCUCCUCACCAUCAAUGCAGCCAAUCAGGGAGAAGGCGCAUAUGAGGCGGAGCUUCAAAUUCGCUUUCCACUAGAGGUGGACUACAACGGUGUGGAGCGGCGGCGGGAGGAUCUGCAGAUCCUCAAUUGUGAACACAGAAUGGAAAAUGACUCCCAAGUGGUGGUGUGUGAUCUGGGGAACCCUAUGGUGGCCGGAUCAAAUGUAUCUGUUGGCUUGCGGUUCUCUGCACGACGACUGGAGGAGGCUGAUGCUCACAUUGGCUUUGAGCUGCAGGUGCUCAGCUCCAAUAAAGAUAACCCGAAGAGCAACUCUGUAAAUCUGACUUUAAACGUUGUAGCAAGAGCGGAAGUGGACAUCAGAGGCGUUUCUCUCCCUGCUCAAGUAGUUCUUCCGUUCCCUCGCUGGGAGCCCAAGGAGAAACCAGUUAGGGAGGACGACAUUGGCCCUCAGGUCCAGCAUAUCUACGAGUUACACAACAAAGGUCCUAGUUCAUUGAGUGGUACAGUUCUGGAGGUGGGCUGGCCCAGUCGUCAUAGAGAGGAGCACCUGCUCUACGCUAUGCAGAUCAUCACUGAUGGACCAAUCCGAUGCCAUGCCAAUGGCACCCUCAAUCCUAUGGAGUUGGAGACCUCCACUCUACAGGACACUCCAGAGCUUUUGGGUUUUCUGCGCAACAGCAGCAGCCCAACCCGUCGCAGACGAUCUGUCAGCAGCACUCAGAGCUACAGUAGCAAAACACUGAACUGCUCCAAUAUCCACUGCCUGAUGCUGAAGUGCAUUGUGGGCCGUUUGGAUCGAGGACAGAGUGCAGUGGUCAAAGUGAGGUCAAGACUCUGGGCUCAAACCUUUUUACAGAGGCGGAAUGACCAGUAUCUGCUGAACUCCACUGUGGCCUUUCAAGUCACAGGCAUGCCGUAUCGCAUCAAGCCGCACACACUCCCCCAGCAGAGUAAUUCGAUCGGCACAUUCGUGGUGUGGGCGAUUCCUGAUGUGUCCUUUGCUAUUCCUCUGUGGGUGAUUAUUCUGGCCAUCCUACUGGGACUGUUGGUUUUGGCAAUACUAACCCUGGCUAUGUGGAAGUGCGGGUUCUUUGACCGAGCACGGCCGCCCAAAGAUGACGACGUCUCGGACCGAGAGCAGCUGACGGCCGAGAAGUCCACAGAGGCGUGAUCGAGAGAGAAUACAGAGUAAACGCUGGAAGACAAACAGAUGAAGACAGAUGCAGAGGGGAGCUUCGCUGGAGGGUUGUAGUACGUGGCAAAGAGACUGCGUCCUGAAUCGAACAUCCAAACCUCCAAAUGAACUAAAGCUCCCAAAAUGCACUGGGAUCUGUGAGCUGGACCACAGUGCUAUUCAUGCAAAAACCUUAUCUACCGCAGGCUGAGCUGCAAUGAGGCGCUUCACUGUAAUCUCUCUACUACAGCGGGACUGGAAUUUCAGGGGGAUCGAACAAAAGAGAGAGACGCCGAGAUCCCGACCCUUUGCCAAAGACAAUCACUGUAAGCGCUGAGACUCAACAGUACAAGGCCUUCAUUGCUGGAAAAAGAGAUUUUUUUUAUACACUACACAUUUCUGACUUUAAACUGUUUUAACACUGCUGUUGUUUCUGUGAGCUUCAGCAACUCUGAAUAAACAAAACCCUCUCUGAGUGCCUUCAAAACUCCAGAAAAAAGAGCACGUGAACGAUUUUAAAUUAUGAUUCAAUAUCCCCCCCCCCAACCCAAAUACUGUCGGUCAGAUGAGACAUGUUUGAUGUAGGAAUGUGGAUUAUCUAUGGAUUGUAUUUAGAAUCUAGUAAUCUACCCAUUAUUGUAAUGACAAUCAAUUUUAAUUCACAAACAAUGAGAUCAGAUGUUUUAAGUAUGUUUUAAUGUAAUUUAUAGAAUUCUUCUGGUGUGGGAUUUCUUCCUUUAAGUGACAAAUACAGAAACCCAUUUAAAAAUCCAUGCCUAAGUGAUUUAAUGCUAGUAAUUAUGACAGCCCUUUUUAUAAUUACGUUUAACUACGUCCAAAGUUUGUCUCUUGGUUUGUUUAAACCUAUAAAGCUGAUGUCACUAACAAGUAGCAGAAGCUUAUACCCCACCACUGAGAACUGUGUAAACUACAUGCCUAAGGCCUCUGUCAAUUAGGUUAAGUAAUUUCAAAUUCAGUCAUCUCAUGUGGCCAAAUAUGUAUAUAAUUUAAUCUAUAAAACAGCAUCUCCAGAAACAGUAGUAGAAGCCAUCCAACUAAAGAAAUGAACCUGUGAUACCGAACAUGAAACAUGUCUCGCCUGAUAUGGGACACCUUUGGGGAAAAUGACUUGAAAAUGGCACAUAGAGUUUUUGAUAUUUUUUUGGCAUUAUUAUUAAUGUCAAAAUAAGGAUAAUGAAUACCACAAUAUAGACCACUAAAGCUGUGUCGUCACUCUGUAGAUAGUGCCAUGUCAGUAUUAGUGACUCUGGGUUUAAGAUGGAUUUUUGAAUGUCAGAAAUUAACCAGGAUUUUGGAAACUUGCAGAUGUUGCUCCUUAUGGAAAACAAAAAUGAUAUCGGACCACCUAAACCAUAAGGUCAUUAAUAUGUUGAAAUAUAAAUUCUGCUUUAUGUGAGAGAACAUACUGCUGUACUCUGAACUGACAUCAUAGGAGUCCCAAACUCACUAAAAUACACCAAAGAAGUGGGCAGGCUUUGUGAAAAUGUUUUUUAUAGUAGAAUAAUUUGAGUAUUGAGCUUGAGUGUUUUAUUCAACUUGUGGCUUUGUUUCCAUAUGCAGAGAGUUAGCCUGCCUGUAGCACAAAUAAAGCAAUAAUCAUAUUUUAUACCCAGUAGAAAAAGUGUAAUUUUGAGGCUCUAGUAGCAUUUAGGAGGGAAAUGUACAAAGAUCAGAAAGUAUCAGGUUGCCACAUAACCAUGGCAAUUUUAGAACAUUUUAUUUAUUACCACCAUUCAAAAAUUUAGCUUAGACACAGAAUUUUUAACACACACUCACUGUAACUUUAGUUACAGCAUGUAUUCUUCUGUUUAUCAGCUAUUCCCAUCGGAUUUGCAGGAGUGGUCCAUGAAUAGAUAUAAAUAAGUGCAAUAUUGCGACAUUUUUGAGUUGCUGAAUCAUUUGUACACUGGCUCUGUUUUGUUUUUAACUUGAGGUUCAGGUUGUUCUGUAUAUAGCGUUUAAAGAGUAUUAUUUGUUUAAGCUGUGUGACUGAUGUAGACACCACUCUGUCAGUGUACAAAGGGAACAUCAUUUUCACCAUUGUUAUCUUUCAGUCAUCAUUUCAGUGUAUAUAGCAUUCAAGUCUUCACUUUUGUUUCAUGCUUUGAGGAGACAUUCUCAUAAAAUAAAAAAAUAAAAUAAAAUGUAAUGUAAUUAUAAGGUAAAUUCUAAGUCACCAAAGCAACCUUCAGUCAUAUGUUGUCGUAAGAGGCAUAGCCAACAUGGAGUUAUGUGGACUAAUGUGGUGAUAUUUCAACAAAUCUAGAAUUCACAGGGCAUCCCCAAACUAUCCCUUUAAGCUCUUAUUGAGGACCUUUGUUAAAGUUGAAAGAAGCUUUGUUUACUGCCUAAUGUAAUGUUCAGCUCUGUACUGAGUCAAAUUUAAAGAUCUGUUGUCAGCCUCAAAUAAAUUCUGUACAUGAGA